UGCAGAGGAGGAAUUUGAAGCUUCCCAGCCGGAUGGCCCUGUGUCUGAUUCUGCCUUUUAUUAUUCUUAUCUCAGAGCCCCCGGCGACUAGUAAUAUCUGAUGAGUCUGGUGAAUUGCAGAGCAGCAGGCAUUUCCAGGAGGCCCGUGGCAAACAAUGCAGCGCUGGAGCUCGGCUUGAAGGGCCUCAGCCAAAUGAGUCACCAAAGUUGAGUUGCUGAGGUCAUCCGUGUGAAGCACAUACAAGGACUUGAUCUUCAGAUUGGGGUGCAGAACGGGGCAUAUUCUCUGUCCAGCCGUGGCUUCGCCGCCCCCUGGUGGCUGGUGACAAAACCACAUGGGCUCAUUGGUGCAUCUAUAACAGUGAGCUGUCUGCGCCGGGCUGCGUGGGGGGUGAAACCAGCUCCUCACUCUGCCAAGCACAGGGGACCGGAUCGGAAGGGACUGGGCACGACUGGACACGACUGGACUGACCAAAACAGGUUGCUCUGUGUUGCUGUGUGAGAGAAGCGCUGAGGAGGUGACUGCAGGGUAGAGUGAUGGCAGGGCGGGGGCUGCCUGCCCCUCUCCCUCUCCUCCUUCUUCUCCUUCCUCUCCUGGUUGAAGUCUGUCAUGCGGCUCAGGGGUCCAGCUACCUGUCUGGCUAUCGCCUCAGGUCUCGGCUGCAGAGGGACCGCCACAUCCGCAACAUCCGACCCAACAUCAUCCUCAUCCUCACCGAUGAUCAAGACAUAGAGCUGGGCUCUAUGCAGGCCAUGAACAAGACCCGGCGCAUCAUGGAGAAGGGGGGCACACAUUUCUCCAACGCCUUCUCUACCACGCCCAUGUGCUGCCCAUCGCGGUCGUCCAUCCUCACAGGGAAGUAUGUUCACAACCACCACACCUACACCAACAACGAGAACUGCUCCUCGCCCUCGUGGCAGGCCCACCACGAGCCGCACACCUUCGCCGUGCACCUCAACAACUCCGGCUACAGGACAGCCUUUUUUGGGAAGUAUCUGAAUGAGUACAACGGCUCCUAUGUGCCCCCUGGCUGGAGGGAAUGGGUAGCACUGGUAAAGAACUCCCGCUUCUACAACUACACCCUCUGCAGGAACGGUGUCCGGGAGAAGCACGGCAGCGACUACCCCAAGGACUACCUGACAGACAUCAUAACCAAUGACAGCAUCAACUAUUUCCGCAUGUCCAAGAGAAUGUACCCUCACCGUCCUGUCAUGAUGGUCCUGAGCCACGCCGCCCCCCACGGUCCGGAGGACUCGGCGCCGCAGUACAGCUCCGCCUUCCCCAACGCCUCGCAGCACAUAACUCCCAGCUACAACUACGCCCCUAACCCAGACAAGCACUGGAUCCUUCGCUACACAGGACCUAUGAAGCCUGUCCACAUGCAGUUCACUAACAUGCUGCAGCGUAGGAGGAUGCAGACCCUGCUGUCUGUGGAUGACAGCGUGGAAAAGGUGUAUAAUAUGCUGGUGGAGACAGGCGAACUGGACAACACCUACCUCAUCUACACUUCGGACCACGGGUAUCACAUCGGGCAGUUCGGUCUGGUCAAGGGCAAGUCAAUGCCUUAUGAGUUUGAUAUCCGCGUGCCCUUCUACAUACGAGGACCCAACGUGGAGCAAGGGGCCAUUAAUCCUCAUGUGGUGCUCAACAUUGACUUGGCACCCACUCUGCUGGACAUGGCCGGUGCAGACAUCCCCUCAGACAUGGACGGCAAGUCCAUCCUCAAACUGCUGGACACGGACAAGCCAGUGAACAGGUUCCAGUUGAACAAGAAGGGCAAGACAUGGAGGGAUUCCUUUCUGGUGGAGAGAGGGAAGCCUCUGCACAAGAGAGCUGAUGGGAAGGAAGUGGCUCAGGAAGAGAACUUCCUUCCUAAAUACCAACGGGUCAAGGAUCUGUGUCAGAAAGCAGAGUACCAGACCGCCUGCCAACAGCCAGGACAGAAGUGGCAGUGUGUGGAGGACCCGACUGGCAAGCUGAGGCUGUAUAAGUGUAAGGGCAUGGCCAGUCUCUAUGCCCCACGUAUGCAGGCUCUGAUGGCCAGCGGUGGCUCCCAGCUCUACGGCAGCAUGUCUAACUCUGACAGCUGCGACUGUGGCCCACUGGGCUUCAGAACCACCGUCCUGAAGAGGAAGAGACUGCUCACCAAGAAGAAGAUCAAGUCAAGUAAAACCAUGUCGAGGAACCGCUGGGCACGUUCAGUACCGUUUGAGCUGGAUGGAGAUCUGUACGCUGUGGACCUGGAGGAGGGCUACCGGCCUAUGGGAUCCAGGAACAGCAGCUGGACCCAAAACAGGAGAGGAGCAGGGGAUGGGGACGUGGAGGAUGAAGAGUUCAGUGGCAUGGGAGCCACGGUCAGACCCACCAGCAGCAGCAGGCUCACACCACCUGCUGCCCUUAAAGUCACUUACAGGUGCUCAAUUCUUAUGAAUGACACGGUGAAAUGUGAUGGAGGCCUCUACAAAUCCCUUCAAGCGUGGAAAGACCAUAAACUGCAUAUUGAGCAUGAGAUUGAAACCCUGCAGACCAAAAUCAAGAACCUGCGUGAGGUCAAAGGUCACCUGAAGAAAGUGCGGCCUGAAGAGUGCCAGUGUAACACCCCCAGUUAUCUCCUCAAGAACAAAGAGGCUUUCAGGCUCAACGCAGGACGCAUCCACUCACUCAGAAUGCCAUCGAAGCAGAAGAAGCAGUGGAUGCUGAAGGAGCAGAAGCGCAGAAAGAAACUACGCAAACUCCUGAAGAGGCUCCGAAAUAAUGACACCUGCAGCAUGCCCGGCCUCACCUGCUUUACCCAUGACAACCAGCACUGGCAGACUGCCCCCUUCUGGACAAUGGGUCCGUUCUGUGCAUGCACCAGUGCCAACAACAACACCUACUGGUGCCUCAGGACCAUCAAUGACACACACAACUUCCUGUUCUGUGAAUUUGCUACUGGUUUCCUGGAGUAUUUUGACCUCAACACUGACCCAUACCAGCUGAUUAAUGCUGUCAGCACAUUGGACCGCAAUGCUUUGAAUUCAAUGCAUCAACAGCUCAUGGAGCUACGGAGCUGCAAAGGACAUAAGCAGUGCAACCCAGAGAAGGGAGGAAGAGAGCGGAGCUACUUCAGUGAAUACAGGCCAGUUCAUCGUCGAAAGAGGCCAAAAGUGAAGAAGCCCUCCUCCAAAUCGCUAGGUCAGAUUUGGGAAGGGUGGGUUGGUUAACCACCUGCAUCCCACAAUCCACCACACGGGGUUCCUCCAGCAGAGGAAGGAGAGGGGCGAGUGCAGGCGAACCCAAGGACCUUGACCACUCUUCGCUGCAACGCAACCUGAGAUAACUACUCUACUGUGUUAAGAGUUUUGUUUUGGAGAGAGCUGCUGGUCCCGGCCCACUGCUGGCACUCUGACCAUCAUCAUCAUCAUCCUCACCCAGGCAGAGGAAACGCCGAGACCGAUGGGAAACUCCACUGACUCUCCAAGGCUUCACUUCCCUCGCACACAUUAUUCCAUACACAUUCACAUCUUCCGUCAGCACCGGCUCUCCCGGACCAUUAACACCCAAUAGGAUGCUGUGAUUCAAGUGGAGUGGUUCGGUGUCCACAGCACAGACACUCCGCCUGUCCGUACUGCUUGUAGAUAAUAUAUAUCGGCUUUAAUCAGCUUUUUUUCUUUCAUGUCAUGUGGGACUGGGUGGAAACAGAAGCACCAAUAAAUAUGAGGUGUAUUACUUGUCAACUCUGCUGCUAGACACUGAUCUUAUGGGUAUCAUUGCGUCCUCAUGGUGUCUUCGUGGCACAUGUUGACUAGCGAAAUCAGUAGCGCUUAGGAGCACGGUUGCUGACAGUAACACUGCGACAGUGUUUCCUUACAAAAUACCAACGUGUCAGUGCACAUGGAAAAGAGGUCUGGACUUGAUGAUGGUGAACGGUAACGGACUUUUGCCAUAAUCUUUUGUAUUAUAGUUAAUCUUAAUGUUGAUGAAUGUCCUUGAUGCAGCCUCAGACCCUCCUCACAUCUGAGAGGGGCGAGGUGUCUAGAUUUUGCCUGCCUUGAUCCUGUUACUGGUAACCCUAUGCCAUGUCAGCCACACCUUGAACGGGCCUACACUAACCCCUAUCCCACAACGGUACAAUCCAAACCUCCAAACACUGGACCACUGGCAAAAUGCUUCAUAGUGGAUGCCAUUUUACUCCUUUGUAUUGUCAAUACCACACUGUAGAAGUAUCCAAAUAGUUUGUUCAGCUUGCUAUAGGCUACAUGGUGCUAUAUGAUAACAAUACAGAAAUAAAAACUUGCUGUACAGUACAGUAUGUAUUUGAAUGUAUGUUGUGCAAUUAAUAUAAAUGUUUACAAUAUUUUUUAUAAAAACUGAAGAGGCAGACCUUGUUGUAUGAUAUGAGUUGACAAAAUGACCUUUUAGGUAGACAUGUUGCUUGAGAAAUUUCAUUGCCCUCAAUUUGUAUGUUUGUCCUUUUUCCUUAUUUAGAAACAUUUGAUAAAAGGGGUGUUUUGGCUCAGUAUAAAAGCUUCUUUACAUCGGAAAAGCACUUAAAAGGUUCACUGUGAAAAGAUAGGCGUCCUGUACAAUGAAUGGAUGUAUACUCUGCUGCAGAGAGGAACAACACAACCGUGUAAUACUUAUUGAUGUGAGUUUUAGCAACCUGCAUUUGUUAGCUUCUCUGAUUUUAUUUUAUUAUUAUUAUUAUUUUUUUUUAGCAAAUAUUUCCCUAGACUUGAGUGCUGAUAGUAAUUGUGAAUAAAGUGUUGUUUGAUCAUUAAAAAAAAA